AUGGAUUACCUCCGUCACCUUGCUGAACAUCUCCCCUUCUCUGUCACCGAUCAGACUUCCCUGACUCCGGUCACUGGAGCAGUCGCCGCCUUCACCGCUUUCCUCGCCUUGUACUCCAUCAAGAACGCCGCUUCGUCCAGCCAGAAGAGGAGCCCUCUACCUCCUGGCCCACCGACGAAGUGGUUUUGGCAGAACCCUUUUCCGAAGAGGGAUGUUGCUCGUAACUUCGCCGCAUUGGCAGACCAAUACGGUGGCGUUUACACUUUGAGUGCGGGAAACAACAAGUUCGUCGUCGUGGCGAGCUAUGAAGCGGCCCUUGAGAUCAUGGAGAAAGCUGGGGGCUCGACCACUGAUCGUCCGCGUUCGGUUGUGGGGGGUGAGCUCAUGGCGCGGUCGGGGCGUCUAAUAUUCGAGGGCGCUGGAGACCAUUUCCGAACCGUGCGCAAGGCGGUGCAUACCGCACUGCAGCCUAAAGCGGCGAAGAGCUACCAGCCAAUUCAGAUUGACCAUGCUCGCCGUGUUAUCCUGAACAUCAUGGAUAACCCAGACAAGUUUGCUGAUCACCUCCAGUCCUACGCCUCCUCCGUGACCAUCCAAAUUAUGUAUGGCAAGUGCACACCAACCUCCGCCACCUCACCAGAAGUGCAGCGCAUCCUUCAAAAUGGGCGAAACGGCAGUAACUCCUUGAUCCCGGGGCGCUUCAUAAUUGAGGCGCUGCCUGUCUUGAAGCCACUCCACCGCCUCGGGGGAAUGAAGCGCAUCUGUGACGCGCUCGAGAACACACCGGGGAUUUGGUGGCUGGGCAGGGCUGAGGGCACCGCCGCAUCGUCCUUCCUGCGUAACAUGAUUGAGACGCAGGACGAGCACAGGCUACCCGACUAUGAACUCGCCGAGGUCACGUCCAUCCUCUUUGGCGCGGGCAGCGACACGACCACAGUUGGCCUUAACUUCGCCAUCCUCGCGGCGGCCGAGUUUCCUGAAGAGCUCAAGAAGGUGCAUGAGGAGCUCAAUAAGGUCGUUGGGCGGGAACGAGCGCCCAGCUUCAACGACAUGGGCAGCCUCCCGCUCCUACAGGCGUUCAUCGAAGAAGUGCUCCGCUGGCGCCCUAUCGUACCUAUCGGUAUUGCGCACAGUGCGAACAAAGAUGUCCAUUAUAACGGCUACGUCAUUCCGGAGGGCACGACGAUUCUCGGCUCUCACUGGGCCAUCUCGCGCGACUCCACCGCGUACCCCAAUCCCGACUCCUUCCUCCCCUCCCGGUGGCUCGAGAGCCCCACUACCUCUCCGCCCUCUUCCCCAAAGCUCCGCACAGACCUCCGCUUCUUCACAUACGGCUUCGGGCGGCGCGUCUGCCCCGGGCAGCACGUCGCGAACCGCUCGCUGUUCCUCAACCUCGCACUCAUCUUCUGGGCAUUCGACGUUGUGCGCCCGAGCAAGGACACGGUGUACGAUAUAGACGGGUGGAAGGAUACGUUGGUCAUGAGGCCGCCGCCGUUUAAGGUCAGAUUUGUGCAGAGGGUGCCGAAGGACAUCGUGAGGAGGGCGUUGGGUGAUAUGGGUGGGGAGAACUAA